UAGGCGAUGGCUGUGCUCCGAGCUGCUCGUGCAGCUUUCGAUUAUAUGCUUUCUGCAACCAUCUCAUCAUAAACUUCAUCUCCGUCGUCCACUUACUUCUAUCUCAUACUGAAAACCGACCGGAGCAGGAGAUCCCUUGGUAGGUUGCAAUGGCGAAGGAUAAUUCUGCAUCCGAUGGCCGUGAUGCCGCCAGCUCGACGUCGCGAUCCGUUGCCGCCGCUGAGAUUUCCUUCUCCGGCGGAUCCUCAUCGCCGAGCUACGGCUGCAAUCCAUUUCUGUCGCCGUCGUACGACUCAGCCGACUACGCAAGGAAGGAUUUCUCCUCAAUCUUCGAUCGCGAUUCUCGAUCUCCAUCUGAGACCUCCAUCAACAAAGCUGAAGCAAUUCCGAUUGAACGCCGGCUUUUCCAGGCCAAUUUCGUCUUGGAGUACCAGCAGCUGUACAAUCGCUACGCUCUCUGUCUCUCUAACCUCCACGAAUCUCUGGAGGAGGUCAAUUCGCUCCGUCGGGAGAACGAGGCUCUUCAUCUGGCCAACGUGGAUUUGGUCAACCGCCUGAGUCUCCUCUCUCAGGCGGCGAUCCGGAAUUGCCUCCUCUCCGAUUUCAGUCACCUCGGUAUCGGUGCUCCGGCCGUUCCUGUCCGCAGCGGCGCUCUCGUCGUGGAACCAAAACCUCCAAACGUCAGGCCGCCGCUGAGAGCCACAGAGCAACACCGGCUAGAGCGAAGCGAUCAAGAGCUAGAGCAAGUCCCGCUUCCAAAGAGCAUUUCUGUUCGCUCCCGUGGCUACCAGAAACUUAAGCCGUCGCAGGAUGGAUCUGCCGCCGCCGGCCAGAGUAGCCGCCGUGUCAACACUAAGCCCCUUGGCGAAUCUCAGCAGCAGCAGCAGACGGUGUACAUUCCGGGGGCAAAACUGGAAGAUGGAUCCAUGGAGUUUGAGGUGUACAACCAGGGAAUGAUGAAGACAGAGCUCUGCAACAAAUGGCAGGAAACCGGCGAGUGUCCCUACGGCGAGAACUGCCAGUUCGCGCACGGCGUCACAGAGCUGAGGCCGGUGAUCAGGCAUCCCCGCUACAAAACAGAGGUCUGCCGCAUGGUUAUGGCCGGCGACAACUGUCCUUACGGCCACCGCUGCCAUUUCCGUCACUCCUUCGCCGAGCAGGACCGGCAGCUCCCCUCAACUCUGCAUAUCCCUCUUUUUCCAUCUCUUUUUCGGUCCCUUUACCCACAUCACCACUUGCCCACCGUCACCGCCUUUCUGGAUUUCCGCUCGCCCAUUUACACUGUUCACCGUUUCUUUCUCCGUCUGUCUCUGACUACUCCCCAUGAACGAGGAAUGCUACUCGCCAGUCGCCGCCCACCGCCCCAGGAUGUCUCCUUUCUCUCUUUCACUCUAGGGUUUCCUUCACUUUGGGGUUUCUUUUCUCUAUUUCGCUCUGUUUUUCUCUCUUUCACUCUGGUCUAUCCAUACGGAUCUCAUCACCAUUCAGCAGUGCCUAAUUCCUGCAAGUCACCCUUGAAGACACUUGAAUGGACUACACCACUGGAUACAAUCUAUUCUCUACAUCUGAACAAGGCCCUUCAAUCAUUCACGGUCAUUCCUGCCAUCAAACCAACAUCAAGCACUUUUGACACACAAACAUUAAACAUGUACUCGCUGCUAAGCCUCUACAGCCUCUCUCAAAAGAAAACAAGAACAAUAUCUUUAAAGAGAAAGCUGGAGUUUGAAGAAGACAUCCACAAAAAAAAGGCUUAGGCUAUGUUUCUACAACUACGAAUCUUUUUUGAAUUAAAUGUGUAUUCCUACCGUACUUGUAAAAUAUAUGUAUCCCAACGAAGUAGGAAUCCAUAUGUAAAUUUGGUACAUAUUACAAAUGAAGUGCAAGUUAUCACUUCAAAGUUUGUAAAACAAUCCCUAUGUUAGAAGUCAUAGGUUUGCCACAUGCCAUGGAUGAAGUGUAGGUGAUCACUUCAAAUUUUGUAAACCAAUCCCUAUCAUUUUGGUGAAAUAACGUGCCUGUGAUAUA